AAAAUUUAUCACAGUACCAAGGACAAAUGCUGGAGAAUUCAUCACACAACUUCGAAGAUAUUCAAGAACACCAGAGAAUUCAUCACAGUGCCCAAGGACAAACUCCAGAGAAUUCAUCAUACAACACCGAAGAUAUUUAAGAACACCAGAGAAUUCAUCACAGUGCCCAAGGACAAACACUGGAGAGAAUUCACCACACAAUGCCGAAGGUGUUCAAGAACACCAGGACAAACAUCAGAGAAUUCACCAUAUGAUGCCAAAGGUGUUCAAGAACAAACACCAGAGAAUUCAUCAUAGUGCCAAAAGUGCCCAAGGACAAAUGUCAGAGAAUUUACCACAAUGCCAAAGGUGUUCAAGAACAAAUACCAAAGAAUUCAUCACAGUGCCGAAAGUGCCCAAGGACAAAUGCCGGAGAAUUCACUACACAAUACCAAAGGUGUUCAAGAACAAACACCAAAGAAUUCAUCAAAAUACUGAAAGUGCCCAAAAACAAACACCGGAGAAUUCACUACAUAAUGCCAAAGGUGUUCAAGAACAAAUACCAGAGAAUUCAUCAUAG